AUGUCAGACUCCGAGGAGCUGCUCAUGAGCAGCAGGGCACGGCGGUCGAACGCCGGUAACAAAAUGCAAAAACUUAUCGACCAAGAGCGCGAAGAAAUGCGAGAAAAAACGGCAAAUUUGGACGAUGACGAGAUCAACCUUUUAUUUCAAGAAGACGAGGACGACGAGGAGUUUAAGGCGGAUGUGAAACGUAGUAAAGAUGAGGAUGAACGACUGUCAGAAUCGGAAAGUGAAAGCGACGGCGAAGAAGACGAGGAGGCCGGAGAAAGGGAGCUUGAACAACAAGAACGUAAGAAACGCAAACAAGCUCGCAAAUUCAGUGCGCCGGUGGUGAGAAAACGCGUCAAGAUAGACGAGGACGUACCGAAACCGCAAUAUGAUCAACCAAAAGCGGAUAGCUUGCUCCAGGACAACCGCAGAACGUCCAAAAGAUCAUCAGUUGUGGCGAAUAAGCUACAAAUAUAUGAGAAACUGGCGUUGGCAGAGAAAAAGCGGGAAAAGAUUCAGAAUCGAUUACGACAAACCAAGGCCAAAAUGGCCCAUGUGGAGCUUACCCAAGAAGACAGGCUUCUCCAGGCCGAGGAAACGGAAUUGAUCAACACUCAAAGUCUCACAAAGUUCAGGGAAGAAGAAAUAUUCAAGAAAGAGACACGAAUUGCGAUGAACUUGCGGAAAAAGGCUAAGUUUCACGUUGGUGAAAUGAUGCUUCGGGUGAAUUCUGCGGCCGCGAUGGUUACUCCCAUCAUGGAAAUCGAAGACCGCCAAUUUUGGGAACAACAACUAGGGAAGCGACACAAGAAGAAGAAAAAAUACACCAGGAGGAAGAAACAGAAGGAUGACGAGACGGAUAAAAAAAGCCCAGAAAAUGGGAAUGCUGAUGAUGCCCAAGUGGUCCAAAAUGUAAUUGACGAGCCACAGGAGUUGCCCAGUGCAGCCACUCCGGAAAAUGAAUCCGAGCCUGUUAAAAACGAGCUUACAAGUAUCGCUCAAGAAACUCCAUCUAUUUCAUCACCAAAUUUAGAAGAAUCGUCACAACUGCCGUCUGACGGUGCAGAAAUAAAGCAGGAGGAUGCGAAAGAAGAAGUUGAAGCAAGUCCACCAACGGAGACCCAAAAAGAUUUAGAAACGAAUAAUUUGGUUGAAGGAACGCAGGAAGAGAGCGCACUUUCGAGAAAAGCAGAAGGCACCAACUUAGAGCAAGAGGCUUCAAAACCAGGUAUCGGUCGAGAGCAAGUAUCACCAUCGCAACCAGUUGACACUAACAAUACGGAAGGCGAACCGCAAUCAAAACAGGUUUCCUUCGCAGAAGUAGCUGACUAUAACACCUUUGAUCAGACACAACCUACAAACACACCGAAGUCCAGCGAGCAACUCACCGAUGCGGAAUCGUCACGACAAAAUUCUGAGGAGUUAUUUGAUGAUGCGGGAGAAGAGACGGAAGCCUCUGAAGUUUACGAAGGUCCCGAGCAAUUAGUUGGUCGCAAUUAUGUCACCAUUUAUUCAUAUCCUGAAGACAACCCCAAGGUCCAUGAUAUAAGGUCUUUUCUGUUUGGAUCUCAAUGGGCUCAGCCAAUAAACUCCCGCUCCGAUAACGUGGAAACUGUUGCUAAAAUUUACAAUGAGCAAAAUGAGGAUGAAUGGAUGGAUGUCAGCUCUUCUUUAAUCCCUGACACCUCAAUCUUCGAGAGCUUCCCUGCAUUUGGAGAAUACGACAAAAAAUUGUCUACUGAAGUUGCAGAAGAAACUGACACGAAAUUCAAACUUGAAAUCAAAACUCCUGCUCCUGCAGGUGUCAUCUUACCCAACGGCGUUCGAAAGAAAUGCUUGAUCACCAACCGGGACUGCCAGUAUUUUGAUCCUAAGAACGGCGUUCCUUAUGCCGAUGUCGAGGCCUAUAAGAUUGUGCAAGAACUUCAAGAUCCGAUUGGUGAAGGCAACUCCGAAGAGCAACCGGCGCCACAAUUUAAGUGGUAUGGAUUCGCGCGUGGUGGAAUAUUUUUGGACGUUAAGCAGCCGGCUGCAAAAGGUGUACCAGAAGGUUUCAAAGCCUGA